AUGGUGAUGUCCACUAAAUGGGAGAGAUGGAGAGAUAGAGCAAGUAACAGUAGCCAAGCAUGUGAUGAAAUUUCUGAUCUCAAAAUUGGUAGUGGAUCAAUUUUAUUUUGGCAAUAUGCAAGUGACCUUCUAACACCUACAUGGCCCAUUCUUGAAGUCCUUCGUCUUUUUGAUAAUGAUAAACCAUGCAUGGGAGAUGUAUUUGAGAAACUAGAUCAAAUGAGGGAGAGAGUACAAGAUACAUUUACUAUUGGGGCACCAUCAUUUGAUCAAGAAACAAAGGAUAUUGUUUGGGAAUAUAGUUUACAAAGAUGGAAGAUGCUUCAUAGUCCUCUUCAUUAUGUUGGAUUUCUACUUAAUCCAAAAUGGUUUCACAAAAAACCAUGGUUGGAUGAUGACGUUUCUACUAGAUGGCAAACAUAUAUGGAUAGAGUUUAUCCAAAUAGAGAAGGCUGUACUAUAAUUAAAGAGGAACUGUCAAAAUAUAUUGAUGGAGUAGAUAAUUUUGCCCAUCAAGAUGUUCCAUUUGAUCAAUUGAAUAUGGAACCCAAGGUCUCUAGUACUUCUACAUGCGAAAGAAAUUGGAGUGAGUAUGCUUUCAUCCAUUCUAUGAAGCGUAAUAGGCUAGGUAGCAAAAAGGCGGAAGAUCUUGUGUAUGUACAUUCAAAUCUUCUUCUUUUAUCUCGAGCUUCCACUGAUUAUAAAUCAGGGCCUCAUAAGAUGUGGGACUAUAGUGGUUCAAUGGAUGAUGGGAUUGAUAAGUUGCCAAUAGAAGUCCUUGAAGAUAAUGUAGAGGAAAGCUUACUUGUAGUUGAAAUGUAG